AUUUUCCCGCGAGAGGCAGUCGCUGCCGGUGGGCGCGGCGUUACUGUUGUGCAUAGACUUGUAUUACGCUUUUGGUAACCGAAGAUAGAGCGAGAUGAUAUUACAGCGCAAUGGCAAUGAGCAGCAGUGUAUAGUGUGUGUCACACGGUAAUAAUUCUAUCCCUUUCACGUCACACGGGUUUUAAUUUGAAACCAGUGAUCUCGAUGGAUAAUAUUUCGGCGAUGAAUUCUGCCGGAAACGGUUCGUCGAGUACUAGCGAAUAGAUUGUCUUGCUGCCAGACCGCGUAGUGCCGUAAAUAAUAAUAGACAUAACACGUUAAAAUUGGGAUCGGUCGUGCUGCAUGUGUCACUCUAGUAGAGGAGUAGGAGGCGUAUACAAUAUAUAAAUACAUUUAAAUAAAAGAUAAUAAUUUUAUACUCAACCUCACUCACCCCCCUCUUGACUUCCCCUACCUUCGCCGACGUUUUCUACUUCAUCCACAUUUUAAUAAUACACACUUCUCUCGCAGUGAUCAAAUGUAACUCUAAAUAUCAAUAUAAUAUUAUUAUGGUAUUUAACUCGGUGACUCAGUUCUGCAGCUUUCAAGUUUUCAACGUGCCGUCAUAAUUGUUGUAUGUAAUGCCUGGGAGUCGAUCCAGCACAGACCCAGAGCACAAGUCACCGCGAGAAAGUGGCGAGGAUUCUGAGGAUGAGAGUGAAAUCCUCGAGGAGAGUCCCUGCGGACGCUGGCUCAAGAGGCGAGAAGAGGUCUAUGUACCUACUAAAUCUGCUCUAGCCGAAGGGUCCAACUUUGCAGGAUCAGCUCGGAGUAACGCCGCGGAAAACGACAAGAAUCUAUCAAACGCCGAUAUGGAAGCUGAAAAGAGGGAUUUGCCGGGCAUUGAUUGCGCCUACCUUGCUAUGGACACAGAGGAAGGUGUUGAGGUUGUUUGGAAUGAGGUACAGUUUUCCGAGCGUAAGAAUUUCAAAGCGCAAGAGGAGAAAAUUCAACUUGUCUUUGAAAAUUUGACUCAACUAGAGCAUCCCAAUAUAGUGAAAUUUCAUAGAUAUUGGACAGAUACUCAUAAUGACAAGCCACGGGUAAUAUUCAUAACUGAAUAUAUGUCUUCGGGAUCGUUAAAACAAUUCCUCAAAAGGACGAAACGUAACGUUAAAAAAUUACCACUGCAGGCUUGGAAACGAUGGUGUACACAAAUUCUUUCAGCAUUAAGUUACCUGCAUUCUUGCUCACCUCCUAUUAUUCAUGGAAAUCUUACCUGUGAUACUAUUUUUAUUCAGCACAAUGGCCUAGUUAAAAUUGGUUCAGUCGCGCCUGAUGCUAUUCAUCAUCACGUCAAAACCUACAGGGAAAAUAUGAAGAAUAUGCAUUUUGUUGCUCCAGAAUAUGGAAUUUUAUCCUCAGGCUCGUUAACUCCAGCUACCGACAUUUAUUCCUUUGGAAUGUGUGCAUUGGAAAUGGCAGCAUUAGAAAUUCAAGGAAACGGCGAUACUGGUACCGUAGUUACGGACGAAAAUAUCAAUAAAACUAUAGAAUCGUUAGAUGAUAGCCAGCAGAAGGAUUUUAUUCAUAAAUGUCUUCAAGUGAAUCCCAUCUGUCGGCCUAGUGCCAGAGAACUUUUGUUUCAUCCUCUACUUUUCGAGGUUCACACACUGAAGCUGUUGGCUGCCCAUGCUUUGGUUAAUUCAGCCACAAAUAUAUCAGAGACAAUAACAGAUGAGGUGCUACAAAGGCUGUACGGACCCGAUACAGUCGUUGCUGAAAUACGUUAUGCAGGUCGUUCUCCGCAACAAAUUCGUUCAAGUGAUAUUCCAGUUGCUGAAAAAUUAGAGAAAUUCGUCGAAGAUGUAAAGUAUGGAAUAUACCCGUUGACUGCAUUUAUGGCUAAAUUACCGCCUCCGGUUCGACCUCGUGCCAUAUCCCCAGAAGUAACGGAAUCUGUCAAGUCCGUAACACCCGAACCACUUGAUUUCGAAUCUCGGAGAGUUGUCAAUAUGAUGUGCAACGUCAAGCCUAGAGAGGAGAGUCGCGAACUGCUUAUGACAAUACUUUUGCGAAUGGAUGAUAAAAUGAACAGGCAACUGACGUGUCCUGUAACGCAAAUAGACACAUCGAUGCUUCUUGCACAAGAACUCGUACAUUUUGGGUUUAUCAACGAGAACGAUCGUGAUAAGAUAGGAAAUCUAAUCGAGGAGGCAUUAAGAAGUUGUUUCAACAAGCAAAUGAUGAAUCCCGGAAUGGUAUCCUUGACAAAUCUUCCAACGCAAACAACACUGCUACUCUCCGGGCCUGAAAUGCCGUGUUUACAACAUUUAGAUAAUAAUUCCUCUGUCGUUGGUGGUGCAACAGCGAGUGGCGGUGACAGUUUGACUGGAAAUUCGUAUAGAAAAGGAACGGAAAGUAGAGAAGCAGAAUCAUCAAUAAUCGCCGACAGCGGUAGUUAACCAUCGAGAGGAGUCGUGAUAAUUCAGUUCAAUGUGCCACCCUGCACAUUUUAUAUAUAGACUGGCUAUGUAUUUUUAUAUUUAAGUAAAUACGACAGAAAGUUAUGGAAUAAUGAGGGAUGUGAGCUUGGAAGGAGCGGGGAGGGGGAAUCUGAGUCGUGGCUUUCGAAAAAGCAUAACCGUGAUGAUAAACAUGCACAUUUUAACCGAAUCAUAUUUCACGGUACGAUAUGACAGUUCGUAGUGAACUCAAUUUCAGGGUCGAAAUAUUUGGUAAGAUGAAUAAAGUAAAUUUUAUUUAGUAAAUCGUAUUAGAAAUGGUCAUAUUGUAUUAUCGCUGAAAUGUUAGUGAGACAAAUUUUAUAACAUUCUUAGGGUCUAAACUCUCUUUUCGGGAAAAAAUAAAAAAAAAAUAAAAAAAAACUACAAACUCUCAGUUACGACGCCGCCGGAAAAAGAUAGAGUAUUAAUUGUUUGAUAUUAUUACAUGAAUUUUUUUGUUUUAUUUGCAAGGAGACGUCUUACCUUCCGUUAGUCCCGCUUUUGCUACAUACAAAAUAUUAAUAUGCUUAAAUAGAGAUGCAUUUUGAUAACUUUUUACUUUCUCCCCAAAGACACGUACGCGAGGAAAGUAAAAAUAGAACGAAAAUUAUUUCUUAUUUUCGACUCUAGAAUUUAAUUUCGCUUUCAUAUAAAUUUUCUCGUGUACAUACAAUGUAUUUUUUUCUUUCUUCAUAAUUAGCAACUUGUAGAAUUCUAAAUUAUUUUAUACACUUCGAGAGAUUUCAAUUUCUUAAUUCAGCAUUUUUGCCCCUGAAUAAUACUCGUUCGUGUACGCAAUUGAUACAAUUUCUGUUAUUUUUUUAUUUUUAUUUUUAAUUUUUUUCUAGUAUUCAAGACAAUUGCAAAAAAAGAAAAAGAAAAACCACAAGAAACCGUGUAUCUUGAUAUUUCAAUCGAUAGGCAUUAUUUUUAUAUGUACAAUGAAAAUUCGGAGAAAAAAAAAACGUUAUUUAAUAAUCAAUAAAUAAUUUAAAGUAACAACACACGAUGCUGUUAUAAAAAAUUACAAACGCAUUUUUUGAUAACAGCAUCGUCUGCUUUUCGUUUCUUUUCUAAUCAUUUUUUACUUAUCACUCUGUGCGAUGGUUUUGAAGAAUAUCUCCAACACCUUUUGGGCAGCUCCGCAUCUGCCAUCGAUAUGUCCUACCAUGAAAUAAAAUAUGUACCUACCUAGCUGAGUGAUACCUUGAACGCAAAGCUGAGUAAUAGAUUGUGUUAACAAAAGUAAGAUAAUCAUAAAUAUCGAACGCUCGAAUGCUCGGAGACUUUAUUACAGAUUACUGCAUAUUUCUUGUGAAAAUCAAUUUAAUAUCUCGAUUCUCAUCCUACCACUACUACUACUAAAACUACUGCUACUACUACUAAUACUACUGCUACUACUACUACUACUACUACUACUACUACUACUACUCGCGGAAUAAUAAAGCUGCGCCACUUUGCGCAAUUGUUUAUAGCAGCGGUAUAAUGCCAAAUUUGUUCGUUGUACCUAUUAAGUGUAAUAAUCGUAGUAUGUAUAAAAUGUAGUAGGUCUCUGAAUCACCAAUAAAACAAAUAUUUACAAA